UCCUUCCCCUGCACCGUCAAUGCACACCUACUCCUCCCUUUCCAUCCGUUCUAGCUCCUACAACCCCAGCUUCAGAGGCAGCAGCUUUGCCAUAUCCGCAUCUACGAAGCCUACUACCUUGCUAUCCAUCGACACUGCCCCCGCUCCCCCUGCAACAGCAAGAGGCGCACCGAGUAUCCAUUUCUCCCAUCUACCCCCAAGCAGCCCAACCCCCUCCGCCAGUGCACCCCACACGCCCACCCAAGCAGCUCUAGGUCUCCCAAGCACAAGCGGACCGACAACAGAGGACAAGCUCUCUUCUCUCGGGCUCAAACCCCGGUUCCCGAGGUACUCCAAGCCUGACCCGGCACACAACCCCGACCCUUCCUCUCCAGCGCUGGACAACGCUUCGAUCCUCACACUUGCUUCUACCACUGCGGAUCGUAGGCCUGGGUCUGUCUACCCCGCAAGCAGGUGGGAAGGGUGGGACGAGGGGGAGGAAGAAGAGGGCGCUAGCGUGCGGGCGCUGAAGCCCAGGAGCAGGAGAGGUAGUUGGGGAACGGAGGUCACGGGGUUCACUCUGGGGACGGUGGGGACGGGGAUGGAGCUUCCGCCUGGGGUGGGAGAGGGAGAGGAGGGAAG